UAAGGACGUUGUACGGGCGCACCAUGUUGUCUGCGGUCGGAAGAGCUGUGUUCAGGGUCUCUGGCUCUUUGCGUAUCGCCACAGUUACAAUGGCAGACACUCUGGCUAAAGUCCCCGAUGUAGAGAUUGAUCCAGAAGGAACCUUUAAGUACAUACUAGUGAGAAUAACAGUGAAAGAUGGCAGCGUGCAUAAAGAUAUAGUCCGAGGCACCAAAAGUGCCGAGUAUCACAAUCAUAUAUUUGACAAGGUCAAUCCAGCCAUGGAGGCCUUGGGAAUGGAGUGCAAAUGCCUUGGAGGAGGGAAGAUUGAGCACAACAGCCAAGACAAAAAACUAAGGGUGUUUGGUGAAUCAACUGCCUUUGGCAAAGCAGACCAUGCAGUGUCAGCAGAGAAGUUGAAGAGUGCCUUCAGUGACUAUGAGAUCACCUGGUCUGAUGACAAAAAAUAGGGCGAAAACCUGUGGAGUAAUUUUGAUCUCACUUCCAGAGUUUGUCCAUAUUUCAGUUUGAACAUGAUUACCAUAAUUCUGUUGUACACCCGAUAAAUAAAGCCAUCCUCUAUUUCAUGCC